AUGUCCGUGCUGAGCUUCACUGUAGAGUACACCCCCGAGACUAAACCUCGACGUUACGGUCCAUCGGUUGCUUCGGUCAUCACCUUCCUCGCGGUUGUGAACGUGGCCUUCGCUGGCAUCAUAGGAGGCGGUGGCGGUGGUGGACAUGGCGGUGGAUUCGGCGGUGGAUUCGGUGGCGGAUUCGGUGGUGGCGGCCAUGGUGGAGGCGAUGUUCAUGUCUCCUCCGUCUCUUACGUCAAGACGCCCGUCGUGAGCAUCGAUUAUGUCGCCAAGCCAGUCGUUAGUUACGUUGCUAAGCCCGUAGCGACAGUCAGCCAUGCUAUCAAGCCAGUCAUUACAACUUACAGUGUCAGUGGAGGCCACGGUGGCUUGGGUGGCGGAGGCUUUGGAGGUGGUGGCUUUGGAGGUGGUGGCUUCGGCGGUGGUGGCUUCGGCGGUGGUGGUCAUGGUGGAGGACAUGGAUGGUGGUGA